AGAUGAUGGAUUUGGACAUGCUUCUAUGAAGAAAUGCCAUGUGGUCUGAGGACAAACAUGUCUAGGCUACUUCCACCUUAGGGGAUUAGGGCUUGGUGACAGCGCUUCCCGGGGAAUCAGGCGUGGUCUGACCCAGGAACAAGAAGCACAUCAUCACAAAUGACAUCAUGACGGCAAGAGAGCACAGCCCUCGCCAUGGCGCCAGGGCCCGUGCGAUGCAGCGGGCUUCCACCAUUGAUGUGGCAGCUGACAUGCUGGGCCUUUCUCUGGCAGGAAAUAUACAAGAUCCAGAUGAGCCCAUUUUGGAAUUCAGCUUAGCUUGCAGUGAGCUUCAUACUCCAUCGCUAGAUCGAAAACCAAAUAGUUUUGUAGCAGUGAGUGUAACCACUCCUCCUCAGGCAUUCUGGACGAAGCAUGCACAGACGGAGAUCAUUGAGGGAACCAACAAUCCUAUAUUUCUAAGCAGUAUUGCCUUCUUUCAAGACUCUCUUAUCAAUCAGAUGACACAAGUCAAGCUAUCUGUGUAUGAUGUCAAAGAUAGAUCUCAGGGAACAAUGUAUUUACUUGGCUCUGGAACAUUUGUUGUCAAAGAUCUGCUCCAGGACAGGCAUCAUAGGUUGCAUUUAACACUAAGAUCAGCAGAGAGCGACCGUGUGGGUAACAUCACUGUGAUCGGCUGGCAGAUGGAGGAGAAGUCAGACCAGCGGCCCGCCGUAACUCGGUCUCUGGACACUGUCAACGGGAGAAUGGUUCUGCCUGUGGAUGAGAGCUUGACCGAGGCACUGGGAAUCCGAUCCAAAUAUGCCUCAUUGCGAAAAGACACUCUGCUGAAGUCGGUCUUCGGAGGCGCCAUCUGCCGCAUGUACCGGUUUCCAACCACCGACGGCAACCACCUGCGGAUCCUGGAGCAGAUGGCAGAGAGCGUGCUCUCCUUGCACGUGCCCCGGCAGUUUGUGAAGCUCCUGCUAGAAGAAGAUGCAGCCAGAGUGUGUGAGCUGGAGGAGUUGGGGGAGCUGUCCCCUUGCUGGGAGAGCCUCCGGCGCCAAAUCGUCACCCAGUACCAGACCAUCAUCCUCACAUACCAGGAGAACCUGACAGACCUCCAUCAGUACAAAGGUCCCUCGUUUAAAGCAAGCAGUUUGAAAGCAGAUAAAAAGUUGGAAUUUGUCCCCACAAACUUGCAUAUACAAAGGAUGAGAGUUCAAGAUGAUGGAGGAUCAGAUCAGAACUAUGAUGUCGUCACCAUCGGAGCACCAGCAGCUCACUGCCAAGGUUUUAAAUCAGGAGGUCUCCGCAAAAAGCUGCACAAAUUUGAAGAGACCAAGAAACACAGUUUUGAGGAGUGUUGUACACCAUCUAGCUGCCAGUCCAUAAUCUACAUACCACAGGACGUCGUCAGAGCCAAGGAGAUCAUCGCCCAGAUCAACACCCUGAAAACCCAAGUUAGUUACUAUGCAGAACGGCUUUCAAGAGCAGCUAAGGACAGGUCUGCCACUGGUCUUGAGCGGACACUUGCCAUCUUGGCGGACAAGACCCGGCAGCUGGUCACAGUCUGCGACUGCAAGCUGCUGGCCAACUCCAUCCAUGGGCUGAAUGCCGCGCGCCCUGACUACAUUGCCUCCAAGGCUUCACCAACCUCGACUGAGGAGGAGCAGGUGAUGCUUAGAAAUGAUCAAGACACCCUCAUGGCCAGGUGGACAGGGAGAAACAGCCGAUCUUCCCUGCAGGUGGACUGGCACGAGGAGGAGUGGGAGAAAGUGUGGCUGAACGUGGACAAGAGCCUGGAGUGCAUCAUUCAGCGGGUGGACAAGCUGCUGCAGAAGGAACGGCUGCAUGGUGAGGGCUGCGAGGAUGUCUUCCCCUGUGCGGGCAGCUGCACCAGCAAGAAAGAUUGCAGCCCCCCUCCUGAAGAGUCCAGCCCAGGUGAAUGGAGCGAGGCUCUUUACCCGCUGCUGACCACCCUCACCGACUGCGUGGCCAUGAUGAGCGACAAGGCCAAGAAGGCCAUGGUCUUCCUGCUCAUGCAGGACAGCGCGCCCACAAUAGCCAGCCACCUGAGCCUGCAGUACCGACGUGAUGUGGUCUUCUGCCAGACCCUGACUGCUCUCAUCUGUGGCUUCAUCAUCAAGCUGAGGAACUGCCUGCAUGAUGACGGCUUCCUGCGGCAGCUCUACACCAUUGGGCUGCUGGCCCAGUUCGAGAGCCUGCUGAGCACUUAUGGUGAGGAGCUGGCGAUGCUGGAGGACAUGAGCCUUGGAAUCAUGGACUUGAGGAACGUGACCUUCAAAGUCACUCAGGCCACUUCUAACGCCUCAGCGGACAUGCUGCCCGUCAUCACAGGAAAUCGCGAUGGGUUUAACGUGCGGAUCCCUCUGCCAGGUCCGCUGUUCGACACGCUGCCCCGAGAGAUCCAGAGUGGCAUGCUGCUGCGAGUACAACCCGUCCUCUUCAACGUGGGCAUCAACGAGCAGCAGACACUGGCCGAGAGGUUUGGCGAUACAUCUUUGCAAGAAGUCAUCAAUGUGGAGAGUUUGGUGCGGUUAAAUUCCUACUUUGAACAAUUUAAGGAAGUUUUGCCCGAGGAUUGCUUACCUCGAUCUCGGAGUCAGACAUGCCUGCCAGAGCUGCUGCGGUUUCUGGGUCAGAACGUGCACGCCCGCAAGAAUAAGAAUGUUGACAUUCUCUGGCAAGCAGCUGAGGUCUGCCGUCGCCUUAACGGGGUUCGGUUCACCAGCUGUAAGAGUGCCAAGGACCGCACCGCCAUGUCAGUGACGCUGGAGCAGUGCCUGAUCCUGCAGCACGAGCACGGCAUGGCCCCACAGGUCUUCACUCAGGCCCUGGAGUGCAUGCGCAGCAUUGGAACACGGGAGGUAGUCACCCAGAAGAACUUGAGCGGCCUGGUGCCCAUCCGAGACUUAAGGCUAGACCCCAGCCUCCUCUGUUCCAUUCCUUUAUUAGCUCUGAGCCCCAAUUUACUGAUUGUGUGGCUCUUUCUGAGCAUAGCCUACCUGGUGACCAAAUUGCGUUGCAAAUAAAUCUCACUCUGAAAAUUUAAUAAGUCACAAGAAAAACAAAAGUGCCAGAAUAUGUCCAGCUACCGUGCACCUAACUGGACAGAAGGAAUGUGUCAAAGCGUGGUCUGCCAAGAAAUAUUUAAUGCCUUACAGUUUGAUGUUUUGUUCUUCUGAACUGUAAAUAUCUGCCAAAUUAUUUCACUAAGAGGACUUGUUUGUUUAAAUCAUGUAGCGUCUUCAGUGCUUGUAACAUGUUCUUAAGGUGCCCUGUCACUGCAUUAUUUAACUGGCCUGGAAUUACUUGUACCACAUCUCUUACCUUUGGAUGUAAAGCUACCUGUCACCUGUACAUCUCGUGUGCCCUGUUUCCAAGAGAGAGGACUUCUGUUUGAAGAGAAUCUGUAUAUUUGAUACUAUUCUUUAAGUGUGUUGCUAACCUUUCCUUUCCUUUUGAAGAACAAUGAAAAGAAAGAGAGAUGCUUUAUAACUGCUCAUCUAGGUCAACCUACUCAUAGGACAUGUACUUGCUGCUUUCAUUUCAAAGCGAGUCCCUGAAUUAUAGUAGCAAACAGUUUGCAGAAACAUAACGUUUCCUUGCUUAUGUUUAUUAUUUCCAAAUGGGGACGACACAAAGCUGUGAAUACAAUACUACUACAUUGUACCAAGUCAGGCACAUAAAGAUAACUUCGUGUUGCAUGUGACUUUAGAUUUGCUCUUAACUCUUAAAGGAUCAUUCAGCUGAUUUCAGGAAUUAAUGCAUAUAGCAACAAGUGGCUGUUCAAAUUAUCUAUCUAUAUAUUUGUUUAUUUUUAUUAGCCUAGCAUUUUUCAUUUAAAAGAUGACAUAUUUAAUUCCAGAUUAAAGUCCAGACAGCUUUUCUCUCCUACUAGUCAAAUAUGGUUAAUAAUGAAAAAAAUUCAAAGAAAAAUUGCCCAAAAGAUGAUCCUUAGCUUUCGGGCAGUUGUGGUAGAUGGAGCUGUGAGAGAGGAGGGGUCGCUUUGGUUUCUGCUCUUAUCAUUCUUAAUUUUAACGUGGCAAUGUCCUCAAAAUGGAAUGAGUUGUAACCUUAACCUUUGUCUGUGAUAGAGGGUAAUUAUACACCUUAAAGGCAACCAAA